AACAGGCACGUUUCCUGCCCACGGUGGGCGUCCAGUCUAGACGAGCGCCGUCCCAACAGGAUGAGAAAGGCGCCGGUCCUGCUGUUCCUGACCUGGGCCUGCUUCCUCUUCUACGCGGGCAUCGGCCUGUUCACCAGCGGCUUCCUGCUGACCCGCCUGGAGCUGACCAACCGGAGCCGCUGCCGGGAGCCGCCGGGGCCCGUCCCCGGGGGCGGGGGCGGGCCCCCCGGGGAGCCGGGGGCCUGCUGGACGGCCCCCCGCUUCGCCAGGGUCCUGCUGGUGGUGAUCGACGCCCUGCGCUUCGACUUCGCCUGGAGCCGGCCCGGCCCGCGGGCCCCCCGGCCCUUCCAGGACCGGCUGGGCUCCCUGCGGCGGCUGCUGAGCGGCCGGCCGCGCCACGGCCGGCUGUACCGCUUCCGGGCCGACCCCCCGACCACCACCAUGCAGCGCAUCAAGGCCCUCACCACGGGCUCGCUGCCCACCUUCGUCGACGCCGGCAGCAACUUCGCCAGCCACGCUGUCCGGGAGGACAACCUCAUCGGCCAGCUGGUGCAGAACGGGAAGCGUGUGGUGUUCCUGGGGGACGACACCUGGGACGGGCUGUUCCCCGGGGCUUUCGCCCGGGCCUCCUUCUUCCCCUCCUUCAACGUGAAAGACCUGCACACGGUGGACGACGGCAUCCUGCGGCACCUGUACCCCACCGUGUACGGAGGCGACUGGGACGUGUUGAUCGCCCACUUCCUGGGCGUGGACCACUGCGGCCACAAGCACGGGCCCGACCACCCCGAGAUGGCCAAGAAACUCACCCAGAUGGACCACGUGCUCUGGACCCUGGCGCGAUCCCUGGCCAACGACACGCUGCUGGUGGUGGCCGGCGACCACGGCAUGACGGAGACCGGGGACCACGGCGGGGACAGCGAAGCGGAGGUCUCGGCCGCGCUCUUCCUCUACAGCAAGACCCCCCUCUUCCCGACUGACCCUCCGCAGGAUCCCGAGGAGGUGGCCCAGGUGAACUUGGUGCCGACCCUGGCGCUGCUGCUGGGCCUGCCCAUCCCCUUCGGGAACGUCGGGGAGGUGAUGGCCGAGCUGUUCUCCGGCCCGCCGGCCGGAGCCACCGGGCCCCACUCGGCCGCGCUGGCCCAGGCCUCCGUCUAUCACCUCAACGCCCAGCAGGUAUGGCGUUUCCUGCACACCUACUCUCUGGCCGCCCCGGACCUGCCGCCCGAUGAGCUGCGCCGCCUGCGAGGCCUCUUCGACGUGGCCUCCUCCGACUACGGGCGGCUCCUGGAGCGGCUGGGCGCGGAGCCGCCGGGGUCCCCCCGGCUGGAGGAUGAGCUGCUGGACGUCUGCCGGCGGCUGCGGCUCUUCCUGCGCGGGGCCCGGGCGGCCUGCCUGGACUCGUGGGCCCGCUUCCGCCCGACCUUCCUGCUCCUGCAGCUCCUCGCCGCCACGGGCCCCCAGCAGCCCCCGGGGUCCCUCUCCGUGCCGUGGACGGCCGUCUCCGCCUGGGCGCUCUCGGCCUCCCAGUUCUUCUACGCCACGGGCCACCAGCCCGUCUUCUCCGCCAUCCACUGGAACGCGGCCUUCGUGGGCUUCCCCGACGGCCACGUGGCCCCGCUGUUGCCGGCCCUGCUGGUGGGCGCCAACACCUUCGCCUCCCACUUCCUCUUCGCAGUCGGCUGCCCGCUGCUCCUCUUCUGGCCGUCCGUCUGCGAGGGUCCGGACGCCCCGAGGAGGAAGCCCCCGUCCCCGCCCGCCCGAGGGACCGCGGAGGAAGCCGCAGAGGCCCUGACGGACACGCGGCCGCGGGACGGCCCCGAUCGGUUCUCCGCUGCCCUCCUGCAGCUCGGUCUCAAGUACCUCUUUGUCCUCGGGCUGCAGGUCCUGGCCUGCGUCCUGGCGGCCGCCGUUCUCCGGAGGCAUCUCAUGGUCUGGAAGGUCUUCGCUCCCAAGUUCCUGUUCGAGGCCGCGGGCUUUGUGGUGAGCAGCGUCGGGCUCCUCCUGGGCCUGGGGCUCGUCAUGCGGGUGGACUGCGCCGUCGGCUCCUAGUCCGAGCGGCUCACGCCGGACGCCCGGGGCCCACCCGCCCUCCAGCUGCCGGGCUGUCCGUCUCCUGCGAUGCCUGGCCGGACCGAGGGCACC